CAACAUUAGCAGCUCCGGUUAACUUCCGGUUUCAGGCGGUGUCGUUUCCGGGGCAGGCUGACGUCAGCGUGAGCGCGUCAACAGCAGUUUGAGUAAUGGACAUUUCUGACCAUCACAUGACUGAUGUCGGCAUCAUCCGCCCUGAUGUGCACAUAGAAGUUCAUGUCAAAUCUCAGAGCACAGCUAAGAGGUCUGAGGUGAGGACGCAUGUGUUGUCACUGCUGGAUCGACACAGCACCGUUUUAGGCUCCUACACAUGGACAGAGUUUGAUGAUGAAUUUCUAGCCAAAAAUGUGGAGUCGGUCAGUGUAGCGGAUUUAACGGGUCCAAAACUUGUGGAUCUGAAGGUUCACAACCUUUGUAUCCAUAUUUUCUCUCUGAAUGAUGACAGUCCGAGCAUGCUUGCUCUGGAAGAGGAGGAGGAGCUUUCGGCUGCCAAUCAUUGGCUCCUCCCAGCAGCUGAGUUUCAUGGCAUUUGGGAAAGCUUGAUUUAUGAGGAAGGCAUCAAAACACAACUCUUGGAUUAUGUUUCGACAACAAUUUUCUUCUCUGACAGAAACGUCGACAGCAAUUUGAUUGCCUGGAAUCGUGUCGUGUUACUUCACGGGCCGCCUGGCACAGGGAAGACGUCUCUGUGUAAAGGACUUGCCCAGAAACUCUCCAUCAGACUGUCUGGCAGGUAUGCACACAGCCAGUUCGUGGAGAUCAACAGCCACAGCCUCUUCUCCAAGUGGUUCUCAGAGAGCGGGAAACUGGUCACAAAGAUGUUUCAGAAGAUCCAGGAGCUCAUCGAUGAUAAAGAUGCCCUGGUGUUUGUCCUGAUAGAUGAGGUGGAGAGUCUCACAGCCUCGCGGAGCGCCGCUCAAGCAGGAACAGAGCCAUCUGACGCUAUUAGGGUGGUCAAUUCAGUUCUGACCCAGCUCGACCAGAUCAAACGGCACCCAAAUGUUGUCAUCCUCACCACAUCCAACGUCACAGAAAAGAUCGAUCUGGCCUUUGUGGACAGAGCUGAUAUAAAGCAGUACAUCGGCCCCCCGAGCGCCAGCGCCAUAUUCCACAUCUAUCUGUCCUGUCUAGAGGAACUCAUGAAGCGUCACAUCAUCUACCCCAGACAGCAGCUGCUGAGUUUGGAGGAACUGGGCACCAUGAACUUCAUGGAGAGCGACGUGACCCGUCUGAGCUUAACCCUGAGGAACCUCGCCCAGAGGAGUGUGGGACUCAGUGGACGAGCCUUGAGGAAAAUCCCAUUUCUGGCUCAUGCGCUCUAUGGAAAGUCCUCCACAUUGACAGUCGAGGGUUUUCUGAAAGCGAUGGAGCGCGCCGUGGACAAACAGAGACAGGAACAGGCGAGUUUGGUCAACUGUGUUUGAGCGACUGACGUUCUGCUGUUGUAUCAUAACGGUUUCUUCUUGUUUUGUUUGCUAAUUCAGCGUUUCUAGUCCGUUCACCAGCUUCAUCCUCUGAACAUGUUGCUAAUGUUGUCCUAGAACAAGCCAGUGUUGUUUUAUUUCACGUUUGAGAGUUUAAAACGGCACUUAUCUAUGAGACUAUGAGUCAUCUGCUACGUAACAUAAGAUAUUCAUAAGCUGAAGAUGUGGUGUCCAAAAUCCAUGUUUGAAAUGUGCAAUGUAGCAGCUGCUAUUUGCAUAUGAAAAAAAAAAAGUUUUUUUUUU